AUGGAUGACCCGUCGGGCGAGCUGGGCAUGAGCUUUGUCCUCCGCUACCGGAGAAAGGAAGGACAGGGACGGAACAAGGCCGGAGCUUCUGAUACUAAUGAUGCGUACCAGAACCAGCUUAAGACCAUCGGCUCGUUCUCGAACUUGGCUGACUUUUGGGAGCUGUACGCCUUUCUCAAACGGCCUGGCGAGUUUGACCACCUUGGCGACCUGACCCUUUUCAAGGACGACAUUCCGCCCAUGUGGGAGGAUGAGCGGAAUAAGCAUGGUGGUCGCCUUGUCUUCCGCACGCCCAAGAUCGCUGCUGCCGCAUACUGGGAGCGCUUGGCUUUUGCCAUGCUCGGCAGGCAGUUUGAGGAGUGGGACGCCAUCAACGGCGUCUGCGCAAACACCCGCCACAACCAGUCGGAGCUCGAGGCAGUCCUCGUCAUCUGGACCGCCACCUCCGAGUCCGAGGUCAUCGACUCUAUCACCCGUGACAUGAACCGUCUCUUUGAGCUCCCGCCCCGCCGCCGCAUCGCCUUCAAGUCGCAUCGCAAGUACUACGGCAAGUCGCGCCCGGCCGCCUCCUCGGGCGCGCCCACCCCGUCGGCAGACGCCUCCGACGCUGUUGCGCCUCUCGCCGACUCGCAUCAAUGA